UCUGUCUGGCUGCUGUCCUGUCAUCGGCCUGGGUGUGGUCUUGCAGUCAGGGGUACCGUUAGCAGGAAAUCAAGCUCCAGUCCAUUUCACUUUAAGGCGAAACAAAGAAAUUAAUACUCUCACCGCGCUUAGGGUUGAAAAUAGUUCUUCGUGGGCAAGCUAAAAGUCACGUUUGUGUCCUCGAGACGGGAAGGCGUUUGAUUGGCGCCGUUGUUCUGAUGGGAAAAAGUUUCCUACUGGUCUCGCUAACUAGUAGUCUGAUUUAAUAAGUUUUUUUUUCUUCGUAAAAGCUGAACCGGACGUUAAAGAAAGGAAAGAUGCCGAAGACGAUUAGUGUCAGAGUCACCACAAUGGACGCUGAAUUGGAGUUCGCCAUUCAGCCAAAUACAACAGGAAAGCAACUCUUUGACCAGGUUGUUAAGACCAUUGGGCUGCGAGAGGUUUGGUACUUUGGACUCCAGUACCAGGAUACAAAGGGUUUCUCUACAUGGCUCAAGCUCAACAAGAAGGUGACAGCCCAGGAUGUGAGGAAGGAAAGCCCGCUGCUGUUUAAGUUCCGUGCCAAGUUCUUCCCCGAGGAUGUGACUGAAGAGUUAAUCCAGGAUGCCACACAGCGGCUGUUCUUCCUGCAGGUUAAGGAGGGAAUCUUAAAUGACGACAUCUACUGCCCUCCAGAGACAGCAGUCCUCCUGGCCUCGUAUGCAGUGCAGGCCAAGUAUGCUGACUACAACAAGGAAGUCCACACACCAGGCUAUCUGUCCAGUGAACAGCUGCUCCCUCAGAGAGUUCUGGACCAGCACAAACUCAACAAGGAACAGUGGGAGGAGAGGAUUCAAGUGUGGCAUGAAGAACAUAAGAGCAUGAUGAGAGAAGAGUCCAUGAUGGAGUAUCUGAAGAUCGCUCAAGAUCUGGAGAUGUACGGAGUCAACUACUUCAGCAUCAAGAAUAAGAAAGGAACAGAACUGUGGUUGGGAGUGGACGCUUUGGGGCUCAACAUUUAUGAACAGAAUGACAAAAUGACGCCCAAAAUUGGAUUUCCUUGGAGCGAAAUCAGGAACAUUUCCUUCAACGACAAGAAGUUUGUCAUUAAACCAAUUGACAAGAAAGCACCUGACUUUGUAUUCUAUGCUCCGAGACUGCGCAUCAACAAGCGCAUCCUGGCUCUUUGCAUGGGCAACCAUGAGCUGUAUAUGCGCCGCCGAAAACCGGACACCAUAGAAGUGCAGCAGAUGAAGGCUCAGGCUCGGGAGGAGAAGAAUCACAAGAAGAUGGAGAGAGCUCUGCUGGAGAAUGAAAAGAGGAAAAGAGAAGUUGCAGAAAAAGAAAAGGAAAAGAUUGAGAAGGAAAAGGAGGAAUUAAUGGACAGAUUAAAGCAGAUCGAGGAGCAGACAAAAAAAGCCCAACAAGAGUUGGAGGAGCAAACACAGAGGGCUCUGGAGUUGGAGCUGGAGAGGACGUCCGCUAUGGAGGAGGCUGAACGUCUGGAGAACGAGCUGAAGGGUGCUGAGGACGCCAAGGCGGCGCUGCUGCAACAGUCACAGAACCAGAUGAAGAACCAAGAACACCUGGCGACAGAGUUGGCUGAUCUGACUUCGAAGAUUUCCCUCCUGGAGGAUGCCAAGAAAAAGAAGGAAGACGAGGCCGUGCAGUGGCAACAGAAGGCCACCACGGUGCAGGAGGACCUGGAGAAGACCAAAGAAGAGCUCAAAAACAAAGUGAUGGCGGCUCACAUCCAGGAGCCACUCAAUGCAGAGAACGAGCAGGAUGAUGAGAACGACGAGAGCAACGCUGAGGCCAGCGCUGAGUUCACAGAUGCCGCCACGUACAAGGACCGCAGUGAAGAGGAGCGCAUGACCGAGGCUGAGAAGAACGAGCGUUUGCAGAAACAUCUACUCGCUUUAAGCUCAGAGUUGGCCAACGCUCGGGACGAGAGCAAGAAAACAGUGAACGACAUCAUCCAUGCAGAGAACAUGCGAGCAGGACGAGACAAGUACAAGACCCUCAGACAGAUCCGGUCAGGAAACACCAAACAGCGCAUUGACGAGUUCGAGUGCAUGUGAUGUCGGCGUGCACCAAUGCAGAAGCCCGCACAGCUGGGCCUUUCUGCCUGGACUGCAGUCCUGCCUCACACAAGCUGUUUCCUCUGUACCCAAAUAAAUCAGAUCCACAUCAUGACAUGGUUGCACAAGCACAGCAUAAUGUACAAAUAUGGAUCUGGGAAUCUCCAUUUGUUAUCAUUCCUAACUUUGAAUUUAGACAAGUCACUGGUUGAAAAGGGACAAACUGUAUUUUUAUUAGUACAUUCCUCACAUGGGGUUCAUGUAGCAUGUUAGUAACGGGCUCAUGCCACAUGACAUGACACAUUGAGUAAGCAUUUUUCAUUUCUUUAGACAUUUCUGUCACAUUUUUGUAUCAUGAUUUCAAAAUAAAAGGCUCAGAGGCCAAUCCAAAUUUCAGAUUGAAAACUGUGCCUGUAGAACCUGUAGAUAUAUUUCUACUGUACGCAUGCGACGGUUCUUUGAAGCAAGCUAGAUUUUUCAGACAGUAAUAUUUCUCCCAUGAUCCGCUGCCCAUAGUUUCAAAAACCAAACGCACUGUAAUCUGUCUGUGUGGUGCAUUCAUUUAGCAGUAUUAUUUCUUUGUAAAUUUACUUUAAAUUGACUUAUCAUUUGAGUGUAUUCUGAACCUGCCUACUGUUACAAAUCAGUAUUUACACCCCACUCACAAGGUGAUAUUAAAGAUCAAUUUCAUUU